AUGACGCCCUUACCUGAGCAGGCUGUGGCUGAACAACCACAUAAAGUGGAAGAAGAAAAUAAGGAGAAUACUCCUGCUAAUGAGAAAACUGGCAAUUAUUAUAAAGAUAUAAAACAAUAUGUGUUUACAACACAAAAUCCAAAUGGCACACAGUCUGAAAUAUCUGUGAGAGCAACAACUGACCUGAAUUUUUCUCUAAGAAACUAACCAACCCAGAGUCCAGAUGAGCCUGCAUUUUGGACAAUGUUAGCUAAAGCUAUAAAUGUUCCCACCAAUGAGGACAACCAACGAGAUCAAUUUUUUCACCCAAUUCCAAACUCUGAUGUGAAUGCUACAGAUGAAGACAACCUGGCAGAACUACAGGAAGCCAAAUUAAAGUUAAUGCUGGGCAUCUCGUUGAUGACCCUCUUCCUUUUUGUCAUCCUCUUGGCGAUCUGUGGUGCCGUGCUGUACAAAAUGAAGACAAUGAAAUAUAAAAAAGUUUGUCAGAGUGGUGAAUACUCUGUUAACCCAGAGCUGGCAACUCUUUCUUACUUUCAUCCAUCAGAAGGCGUAUCAGACACAUCUUUUUCUAAGAUUGCUGAGAGCAGCACAUUUUGGGGCACCACUUCUUCAGAAUUAAGGAAAUCAGACACAAGGUCAAAAUCUAGGACAACGGACAUGGUUUCCACAGGCUCAGAUGAGACAGGCAUGAAUGAUGAGUCAGACUUAAUACAGACUGAGGAACAGAGAGAGGAACCCACUGAUGAAUAG